CCCUCCUGCACUUUCUCAUCAACUUCUGCCUUCAAGAAAAGUACCUACUAGCUGCUUUCAGGUCAUAGUUUUAACAGAGGCGAGUGUGGCAUCUUCAAGCCCUUAUACAGCAUCAACCAGCCAUCAGUACAUACCUAAAUCGCUGCUUAAUUUGAUCCCCUGCCCAAAGUCCGCGUCUCGUCAACAACCGUUUAGUUGUGUGAGCGUCGCACGUUACCCGGGUUAUCUCAUUUGCCGCUCAUCGCUAACUUACCUCCUCCCUUUCGCUCGUGUGUCACCACUCGCCAACCCCCACCUUUGGCGCACUUGGAGACAACUCCCAACACCUUCAGGCUCUACUUUUCAACACCUCGAGGGGAGGGCAGAAAUCCCGUGUGACUUCUCACCCGGUCGCUGCGCUUUCUUCACCAGAAGUAGUUACGACAUGCUGCAAUGAUACGCAGCGUGCCUUCAGAAGUGCAUGAAGCCUUCAGCAGAGCACAGGCCAUCCGAUGUACAUUGGUGAAUUGCACUUGUGAAUGUUUCCAGCCUGGGAAGAUUAAUCUGCGAACUUGUGACCAGUGUAAACAUGGCUGGGUGGCACAUGCAUUGGACAAACUCAGUACCCAGCACCUAUACCACCCAACACAGGUGGAGAUUGUACAGUCCAAUGUGGUGUUUGACAUUAGCAGCCUCAUGUUGUAUGGUACCCAAGCAGUACCUGUGCGACUCAAGAUUCUCCUUGACCGUCUUUUCAGUGUUCUCAAACAAGAAGAAGUACUGCACAUCCUUCAUGGCCUUGGAUGGACCCUACGUGACUAUGUACGUGGAUACAUCCUUCAGGAUGCUGCUGGCAAGGUGCUGGACCGCUGGACCAUCAUGUCACGGGAAGAAGAGAUUAUCACCCUUCAACAGUUCCUGAGGUUUGGAGAAACCAAAUCCAUUGUUGAGCUUAUGGCAAUUCAGGAGAAAGAAGGGCAAGCAGUGGCUGUGCCAUCUUCAAAGACAGACUCUGACAUAAGGACUUUUAUUGAAAGCAACAACCGCACCAGGAGCCCAAGCCUCCUUUCUCACCUUGAAAACAGCAACCCUUCCAGCAUUCACCAUUUUGAAAACAUCCCCAAUAGUUUAGCAUUCCUGCUUCCAUUUCAGUACAUUAAUCCUGUUUCUGCUCCACUUCUUGGUUUACCUCCCAAUGGCCUACUUAUGGAGCAGCCAGGACUGAGACUACGUGAAACAGCACUUCAGGUUCAAAAUGACUUUGCCAAAACCAGUGAAUCUGAUAUGUCCCCAUCCUCUUUUAGAAAUGAAAGUACUCCUAGCAGAAAUGCCUUGGCUAGUAUCACAAAUGUGGAGCCUAAAACAGAACCAAGCAGUAUUUCACCUAUUCAAACUUCUCGUCCUAUUAAUGACAUAAGUAAAUCAGAACAACCCAAACAUCAUUCAUUUAGCUCAAGUAGGAUGCACAGGAUAAGAAGAAUCGGUUCUACCUCCAGAAAGGGAAGGGUUUUUUGCAAUGCAUGUGGUAAGACAUUUUAUGAUAAAGGUACCCUUAAAAUUCAUUACAAUGCUGUACAUCUGAAAAUAAAACAUAGGUGUACAAUUGAUGGUUGCAAUAUGGUGUUUAGUUCCUUGAGAAGUCGCAAUCGUCACAGUGCUAAUCCAAAUCCUCGACUGCACAUGCCAAUGCUGAGAAACAACCGUGACAAAGAUCUGAUUCGUGCCACUACAGGAGCAGCUACUCCUGUCAUAGCAAGCACAAAGUCAAACUUAAAUUUAACAAGCCCUGGUCGCCCACCUAUGGGUUUCACAACUCCUCCACUUGAUCCUGUCAUUUCAAGUCCCCUCCAGAGCCAGUUGGUCUUUUCUGCUUUGAAGACUGUCCAACCUGUUCUUCCCUAUUACAGAAGUUUACUAACCUCUGAGAACAUUGCGAGUCCCCCUGCCUCAUUGCCAACUAGUCCAAUUUUACCACCAAGCAUAGAACAUGCACUUCCUACCCCUACUGCAGAGGCACCUACUGUUGGAAUGAUUUUACCAUCCCAUGAACCUAGCACGGACCCUACACCCAAAAAGAAACCUAGGAAGUCAAGUAUGCCAGUAAAAAUUGAAAAAGAAGUUAUUGACACAGCUGACAAGUUUGAUGAAGAUGAAGAAGUCAGUGAUGAUGCACUUUGUAAUGAUGUUUGCCAUGACAAUCAUAAUCACUGCCAUGAAGAGAUGAGUCCUGGCUUAUCAGCAAAAAGCAUUUCCAAGCCAGAUGAUGAUAGAAGUGUUACAGGGGUGGAAAUGAUAAGGGCAGAUAGCUUAACAUCUGAGGACCCAGAACAUGAUAGAGAUUUUGAGAAUGACUCUGAAACUUCAGAGCCAAAACACUGUGAUGAUUCACUGGAGACAGAACCUCAGUUUCAUAGUGAAGCAUUUCUUAAAGCUAGGAUGAACAGUCACAAACCUGAUGAAAGCUGUAAUAUGUCACCUCAUCAGCCAGUAAUAAAGGUUAAAGAAGAAUUUUCAGACCCUACCUAUGAUAUGUUCUACAUGAGUCAAUACGGGCUAUAUAAUGGUGGAGCAGUCAACAUGGCUUCAUUUCAUGAAUGCUUGUCUUCCUCCAUGGGUUACAACAGUCCACAAAAGUUCUCCCCAGAAGGUGAAGCCUGUUCAAGCCCUGAUCCCAAGAUAUGUUACGUGUGCAGGAAGAGUUUUAAAAGUUCCUACAGUGUGAAGCUUCAUUACAGGAAUGUACACCUAAAAGAGAUGCAUGUCUGUACAGUAGUCGGUUGUAAUGCAGCCUUCCCAUCUCGGCGAAGCAGAGACAGUGGGGUCUCGCAUCUACCCAGUUUUGCAUCCGGAGGGACUGAAACACAGGGAGGUCAAAAGACUUGCUCAUGGUCAGGGCAUAGUGCAAACAUAAACCUUCACCGUAAGUUAUUGACUAAGGAACUGGAUGACCUGGGAAUAGACCCAUCUCAAACAACUCUUAGCAAGGACCUCCGGGAUGAAUUCUUAGCUAAGAUCUAUGGUGGGCAUCAUCCAAUGGAGUAUGAGAUGAGGGAAGAUGCUGUUUCCCCUGCUGGUAUAGAAGACUCCCACACCAAUGGCUAUGGCAGGAGCAUCACAGAUGACUACAUGGUCCUUGAUCUCAGCACCACUUCCAGUAUGCAGUCAAGUGGCAGCAUUCAUUCAUCACGGGAGUCUGAUGUAGGUAGUGAUGAGGGAAUCCUUUUGGAUGACCUUGAUGGAGCCAGUGACAGUGGUGAGUCUGAGCACAAAGUAGAAGCUCAUAACUUGUCUGCAGGAAAUGGUACUGAGCAUUUAGAUUCCUCAAUGAGUCACACAGCCUCAACAAGCAAUGGAGGAAUAGUCUGUAACAUCUGUCAUAAAAUGUACAGCAACAAGGGGACACUAAGAGUACACUACAAAACUGUUCACCUGAGGGAAAUGCACAGAUGCAAAGUUCCUGGAUGCAACAUGAUGUUUUCAUCUGUACGGAGCCGAAAUCGGCACAGUCAGAACCCAAAUUUGCAUAAAAAUGUUCCAUUUUUGCCAGUAGAGUAAUUUGGUGACAAUCCUCUGAACUUCAGUGACAGCAGGCAAGCUACACUUUGCAGCUGCCAAUAUUCAUUUUCUGUUUGAACCAGAAAAAAGCAGCUGCUUUUUAUGUCAUGACCUUGAACUCAGUGUACAACACUAAAAAUGAGCAUCUGGUAUUCACCCUAAUUUUAUUAAGAUGCUCCAAGUCAUCUCCAAAGAGACAAUGUGAACUCUCAAUUACUGUUGCCUGCAAAAGAAAACAAAAAACAAAAAAAAAAACAGAGUCCUUUCCCGUAACAAAGUCUCUUCAUUGUCUUUGUGAACCUACAAUUUUGCAACACUUAAAACAAGCAUGGUGGUAUUACUUGUAAAU